AUGGUACAAAAUUUAAUGUCAAUAUAUUCUGCUCUCUAUUUUACAUUUAGUAGUUUGACUUCGGUAGGAUUUGGUAAUGUUACACAGAAUACUGAUACUGACAAAGCCUUUACAAUAGUCAUGCUGAUAGGGUCCCUCAUACACGCAAGUAUUUUUGGAAAUGUUUCUGCAAUUAUUCAAAGAUUGUACAGUGGCACUGCUCGAUAUCGUAUUCAGAUUCUACGAGUUAGAGAAUUUAUAAAAUUUCAUCAAAUUCCAAAUCCUCUCCGUCAUUUUCAGCAUGCUUGGACUUAUACUAAUGGAAUAAAUAUGAAUAGUGUCCUUAAAGGUUUUCUUGAGUGCUUACAGACUGAUAUAUGUCUCCAUCUUAACCGAAAUUUACUAAAUUCCUGUCGAGCUUUUGAAGGCGCUAGUCCAGGAUGCCUUAGGUACAUUAAUACAUUCAUUGGGCUGUGUCAUUCUCCACCGGGAAAAUCACUAGUGCAUAGGUGCGAUGUACUUACCUCGCUUUACUUCAUAUCCCGCGGAAGUAUCGAAAUACUCAAAGAUGACAUUUUUAUGGCGAUUCAUAGCAAAGAUGAUAUUUUCUGCGAGAACCCGUGUAUCUAUGCAACAAUUGGUAAAUCAUCAUUCAACAUAUGCGCUCUUACAUAUUGUGAUUUACACAGAAUUCAUCGAGACGAUUUACUCAAUGAACUAAGACUCUAUCCUGAGUUUUAUAAUCACUUUAGUCAGAAUCUUGGGAUAACGUUUAACAUGAGAGACGUUAUUUUUACUAAUAUAUCCUUUAUUGGUUUAUGUUAUGAGUUGACUUAA